CUUCCGUUUUGCGUUAGGGCGCCUCCGAUUGUCAGGGUGGAAACGUAAUACGGCGUGGGAACGCCGCUCUGCCUCCGUAGUAUUACGCCCUCUUCUUCUACUGCCUUCGUUAAGCCCUCAUAGUCUCCUACCGCUCUUUCGUCACAGUGUCUUCCUGUGCUCGAGCCUUCUUCUGCUCUCUAUGAGAACAAUACAGAGGGAAUGAGGGAGACCAGAGCAGGCUUCACCCUCCCGCAGAUGAAGUGAACGAAUUUAAGGACUUUUUCGUUCCGGGUUUCCCCCCCCCGGGGGGGGAUUAAGCGGAAGUGAUGUCAUCAAGUGCAGGAGCAACAACAACAAUAACAACAAGAAAGGUGAUCCAGGCGGCGAGGAAGGAGGUGGCGUUGCAGAGGAAAAGAUUGUUAUUAACCUUAGCUACUGUGAAUUGAAGAAGCACACAGGCUAAAAGAAGAAGCUAAAAGAAAACACUUGAUGUAACAGAGACUUGAAUAAUGGAAUCUUCGGCUAAUCUAGAUGUUGAUACCCAACUAAUUGUGGAAGACUGUGAUGGCAGUUUUACUUUGUCUCACAUGCCCGACAUUAAAGUGGAGCAUCACCUUGAGUCUGGUGUUGAGGAAGGACCAGCUCAGAGUGUUGCCAUGGGAAUGAAGUUUAUUCUGCCAAACAGGUUUGAUAUGAAUGUCUGCUCUCGGUUUGUUAAGUCACUGAAUGAAGAAGACAGCAAAAAUAUACAGGAUCAAGUGAACUCUGACCUUGAAGUGGCAUCUGUAUUAUUUAAAGCUGAGUGCAAUAUCCAUACUUCUCCUUCUCCUGGAAUUCAAGUGAGACAUGUCUAUACUCCAUCAACAACUAAGCAUUUUUCACCUAUAAAACAAUCAACAACUUUAACUAACAAGCAUAGAGGAAAUGAAGUUUCAACAACACCUUUGCUUAUAAACUCCCUAUCUGUUCAUCAACUGGCGGCUCAGGGGGAAAUGUUGUAUCUAGCUACACGCAUAGAACAAGAAAAUGUAAUCAACCAUACGGAUGAAGAAGGCUUUACCCCUCUGAUGUGGGCUGCAGCUCAUGGGCAGAUAGCAGUGGUGGAAUUUCUCCUUCAAAACGGUGCAGACCCGCAGAUUCUGGGAAAAGGGCGAGAGAGUGCACUGUCAUUGGCCUGCAGCAAAGGAUAUACAGACAUUGUCAAGAUGCUGCUUGACUGUGGAGUGGAUGUAAAUGAGUAUGACUGGAAUGGUGGUACUCCUUUGCUCUAUGCUGUACAUGGGAACCAUGUGAAAUGUGUCAAAAUCCUCCUAGAGCAUGGUGCUGACCCAACUAUAGAGACAGAUUCUGGAUAUAAUUCCAUGGAUCUGGCUGUGGCCCUGGGCCAUCGUAGUGUUCAACAGGUUAUUGAGUCGCAUUUAUUAACACUUCUUCAAAAUAUCAAGGAGUAAGGAUAUUGCAGUUCUGGGACAAGAGUUUAUACAUGAAGAUUUGGAAUUUCGUUUCAGCACUGAUCAACAUAAAAGACUUUAUUUAUUUUCUAAUGUGCACCUUAAAUCUGAUUUGUUAAUGAAUGGGGCCUCAUAUUCCUUGCCAAAUGAGAGCAACAAGUCAAUUGCAGGUUGCCAACCAAACCUGAAGUUUUUUAGCAGGUUAUGGUGGUGUCCCAAGAUCAGUUAGCAGGGCUGGAGCCCUGCUUUCAGCUGUGCCCUGCCUAUUGACUGAGUCUUUUCCCACUGCAGCAGCAGGCAUUCCAGCAUGACUUGCUAUUCAAAAGGGUUAUCAGGAGUGAUACACAGUAAGAAACUUUCUCUAGCCCAGCUGUUUUACCGAGGAUGUGAAAAGAUCAAUUGUCCUCUAGUGGCUGGAAGUUGGGAAAACAUUCUGAAAGGUUGCUUGAUCUACAUUUUUCUCUCUUUUUGGUAGGAUUUUAACACAGCUCCUUUUAUAUAUUUGUCUGGUUUGUAAAUAUUUGUGAAACCAAACCUACCCAACUUGUGAAAAUGUCUUGUAAAUUAUGUUGUAUAUUUGGUAUAUUUCACUGUGUAUGAAAUACCAUGUCUUUGUUCUGUCAGCUACAUUUUAUAGUUUUAUAUGCUUUUUUUAGUGGAUUAUGAAAUAAAUCUUCAAAGUGUAUUGAAA